AUGACCAAAGUACAUAACCUAAGCAUCAUUACAACAUAUACAAAACCACGCCACAAAUUCACAACACGCCUAUGCAAUCUGGCUGGAAAAGGAAAGGCAAAAGGCGAUCAACUCACGAAAAAGGUGCAAAGUCAGUCCAUUACUAUUGAUCGGCAAAUGAGAAGAUAUGAGGUUCCAAGACUUGCAUUUAUUAACAAGCUUGAUCGAAUGAGAGCAGAUCCAUGGAAAGUAAUGAAUCAGGCUAGAUCUAAGCUUCGGCAUCAUAAUGCUGCAGUUCAAGUUCCAAUAGGUUCGGAAGAUGUUUUUAAGGGACUUGUUGAUCUCGUGAAGCUAAAGGCCUAUUAUUUUCAUGGUUCAAAUGGAAAAAAAAUUGUCAUCAAAGAGGUGCCUUCAGAUAUGAAAGCCUUGGUGGCUGAAAAAAGAGGCAAACUAAUAGAAACCGUGUCAGAAGUUGAUGAUAUACUUGAUGAAGCACUUCUUAGUGAUGAAGCCAUUUCAGAUACUUACUAG